AUGGCUAAGAUUCUGAUGAUGAUGGUGGUGGUGGUGGCGGUGGUGGCCAUGAUGAUGACGAUGAUGCCGUGGGAUGUGACCGACACAAAUGGUUCGUGGGCCCAGUUCAAAGAGAUCGGCUCAGCGAUGAAGGCCUGGAUUCCUACUUUUGCCCUGAUUAUAACAUUUGGUGUCAACCUCUGGGAGCGUUACCAUCCAGAGAAAGGCGAGAAAGGCCCUCCCGGCGACAAAGGUCCCGAAGGUGACAGAGGUCCAGACGGUUACAAAGGCGACAAAGGCGACAAAGGUGCUCCUGGCGACCAAGGUUCCAAAGGUGAUCCUGGUGACAAAGGUCCCAAGGGUGAUCCCGGCGAGCGUGGACCACAAGGUCCGGUUGGAGAACCUGGUCCAUGUCAAUGCCGAUGUCAAUGCCGAUCCUCCAGUACCAUGGCCGACGCUUCGACGCAAACCUCUUCCCCGGAGAACAGCACGUCUCGGAUUCCAUCUGCUCGCCCUUCCAGUGGCGCUACUGGGACAAAACCAAAGGGUCAAGGUCAGGGCCAAGGCCAGAAGGAACCCUGGAGGCCUUGA